AUGGGGGAUAUCAAGGAAGAAAGAAACCCUACUCCGGAAAACAUGACCAUGCUUCAAGCAUUCGAAUGGUAUGUUCCAGACGAUCAUAAACAUUGGCAAAGACUUCACGAUGCUAUUCCUUCUCUCAAAGCCACUGGUAUCGACAAUAUGUGGAUUCCACCUGGAUGUAAAGCUUCUUCUCAAUCCGGAAAUGGUUAUGAUGUAUAUGAUCUUUAUGAUCUUGGAGAAUUCGAUCAAAAGGGAGGAAAGGGUACAAAAUGGGGUACCAAGGAAGAAUUGGUGAAAAUGGUAAAGAAAGCCAAUGAAGUCGGAGUAGGAAUUUAUUGGGAUGCUGUCCUCAAUCACAAAGCAGCUGCAGAUCACAAAGAAAAAUGUGAAGCCCAAGAAGUCGACGAAGAAGAUCGCACCCAAAAUAUCUCCGAUCCCUACCAAAUCGAUGCUUGGCUUGGGUUUGAUUUCCCUGGUCGUGGUGACAAAUACUCGAAGCAAAAAUACCACUGGUAUCACUUUAGCGGUACAGAUUACAAUGCCGAGAACGAAAAAACUGCAAUCUAUAAAAUCCUCGGUGAUAAAACAAAAGAUUGGGCAGAUGAUGGUGAUGUUGAUGGAGAGAAGGGUAAUUAUGAUUAUCUUAUGUUUGCAGAUUUGGAUUACAAUCAUCCCGAGGUAGAACAAGAUGUUCUGAAUUGGGGAGGAUGGCUCGGUGAUCAAAUUACUUUGAAAGGUAUCAGAUUUGAUGCGGUUAAACAUUUCAGUGAGGAUUUCUUGAGGAAAUUCAUUACACUCAUGAAUGAUAAAUAUGGACAGGGAUGGUUUUUUGUGGGAGAAUUUUGGAAGGAUAGUUUGGAUGAUAUGAAUAAGUAUUUGGAUCGCAUGGGAAGAAAGUUUAGUCUUUUUGAUGCGCCGUUGGUUUAUAACUUUAGCAAGUUAUCCAAAACAGAAGGAGGAGAUUUGAGAACUGUUUUCGAUAAUACUUUGGUUCAAACCGCACCGGUUAAUGCUGUUACCCUAGUAAUGAACCACGACACUCAACCCUACCAAGCCCUCGAAGCCCCCAUAGAACCCUUCUUCAAACCCCUCGCCUACUCCCUGAUCCUCCUCCGCGUAGACGGCUACCCCUGCAUCUUUUACGGCGACCUCUACGGCAUCAAAGGCGAACACGAGUUCCCCCCCUCCUGCGGCAACGCCCUCCCUAAUCUCAUCCUCGCGCGAAAACUCUACGCCUACGGCCACCAGGAAGAUUACUUCGACUACGCUACCUGUAUCGGAUGGGUGCGAUCCGGAACGUGGGAUCGACCGAAUGGUUGUGCUACGGUAAUUAGUAAUGCGGGUCCCGGGGAGAAGAGAAUGUUUGUGGGUGAGAUUCAUGCGGGGGAGAAAUGGACCGAUGUUUUGGGUUGGGAACAGGGUGAGGUGGUUAUUGGGGAGGAUGGGUGGGCUAUUUUUAAGUGUCCUGGGACGAGUGUUAGUGUGUGGGUUAAUGCGGGGGCGGAGGGGAGAGAUAGGUUUGGGAAGUUUGAUGAUGAUAUUUAUAAGGUGUAG